AUGUAUUUCGAAUUCUGUCGUGCUUACUGCUUGUGCUUGUCAUCCACAAUCAAAUGGACUAAUCGAGCGCUAACACAGAACAAUGAAGACCGCCUUAAAAUGCCAUUUGCUGAAAUCUUCUGCAUCUUUCAAUGUCUUAUCUCUGGUGUUAAUAGGACCCCAUCUCGUUCCCAAGAUACUGAAAUAAAAGGUAAUAAAACAAGAGUUACGAUCAACAGGCUCAAGCCCGCGGCUCUCUUGGGAUCUAAAUCUACUAUGAAUAAUCACCAGGAAUCAGAUAAGCUCCAGCAUCAACGAGAACCUCCAAUCACCUCAAUGUCCACAGAACAGCUUCAAGAAAAAAGAUCCAACAAUCAUAAUUUUCGGUUUCGCUCGCCAAAUAAUAACCUAGAGUCCUCCGGGUUUUUCUCUGGUGGGUUAGUGUGA